AUGGCACGCAGUCUGGUGGAGUUCACCUCCGUUCGCAUGCGGGACUCCAGCCUGAAUGCACUAGACCGAAAUGGCAGUCGACAGUUUAUGGAAUAUCCAGCCAAUGAUUCAGCCGAGGCAAAACCUGGCCCUCGAAAACGCAGACGAAGCGGACACCGAAAAAAGCUUCUGGCAACAAAAGGCUCCAGCACAUCAAUCCCUCAACUGCAUGUGUGCCAAGCUCCGGGCGAAGACUAUGUUGCAACAACAGCCAUCAAGGAUUCCAUUCUGCGUCGAUGGCCGCAGGCCCGAUUGGUAACCCUUUUCAAGUACAACUCAACGGCGUCGGGUGAGACCAGACGCGCACCGCCAGACAGCACUGGGGGCAGCCUAGGCUUCAACAUUGUCGGUGGCGGAGGUACCAAGGGCAUCUUCGUAUCGCACAUUCAACCCAACAGCCCCGCGGCCGGUUCGCGGAAAAUCCAAGUC